GCAUGAGCUGCGGCGAAAGUGCGGGCGCACACUAUUGGGACGGUGACGGAGAGGACCCGUGGCUGUCGGUGAAAUACGACUCCAGCACGGACCCUGCCAACGUCCUCUUCGUGGAGGUCGACACCGGCCUCGGCCGCAGCGAUCUGCUGGGCCGGACAGUGGUGAUCCACGACAAGACCGGCGCGCGCAUCGCCUGCGGCGUCAUCGAGGAGUCCACGACUACCGUCUUCGAGGAGUACCCGAACUAUGGGGGUGACUUGCCGUUGACAUCCGGUGGUGUGAAGGUGGAAUCGGAUGAUGAGACGCAGACACUCAGUUGGCUGUUCACGCAAGGCCUCGACCCCCGGUGCGAUAAGUCCACAUGCACUGCAGCCAACUGCUGUGGAGUUCACAUCCAUGAGGGCAUGACCUGUUCCGAUGCUGAUGCUAUUGGUGGCCACUUCUGGAACAAGGACCUCUACGCAGAAGACCCUUGGAUGGACAUCCGCUACGUGAUCGAGGGUUCCAUGCCGUCGAAGGUGAACGACCUGAGCGUCACAACAGGCUUCCCUGCUGAGAAGGGGGCUAUUGAGAAGCUGGAGGAUGCCGUGGAUCAGAUCAAGGAUGCUUUGUCUGACUUGAGCGCAAUGGUGAACAGCAGCCAGGGCAAAGGGGGCCACUCCGGCUACCACUCCUACGGCGCUUAUGGCACGGACCACGCGGACGACGGGAAGUACAAGUGCAGCCACAUCUGCGCCGACAUUUGCGGCACACAGCACCCACAGCCGGCCCACUGCCAGUCUCAGUGCAAGCAGAGGCAGAACGCCAUCCUCGACAUCGUCCAGGUCUAUUGCAUCCAAGGGCUGGAGGCAGAGGUGGGAGGGCGUUGCCGCGAGAUCCCCAAGUACUGCCAGCUCUUCUGUAAGCGCGGCUUCUUGCUCCCAGUUGGCGAUGGGUACGACGCAAUCAAGAAGUGCAGGGAGGAAUGCGAGACGAAUUUUUCGGCCUUCCAGGUGCCUCUGCAGAAGUACGUGGAGGCGGGCUGCUGUGCUGCGUGA